GCGAGCAAAGCUGCUCAGCUUUGAGGCUAGUGGCCAUUCACACGGACCUGAAUUAUGACAUCAAGAGGUUCUGGCACAUCGUUUUCUCGGAAGAAUUAUAGAGUAAGCACAGAGCCUGAAAAGUCCAAGGUUGCAGGGAUAGUGAAUAGCAAGCUCCUGAAUGACUAUCUACACCGUAUCUUUCCCAGUGCUGAUGGAACUCAGCCUACUGCUGCAUUCAGAAAGCACCUUUCAUUUCAAAACCUACAAGAACACUUAGAACGAUUGCUGGUAGAGAAUGCUGGCUCAGAAGAUGGUCAAGAUCAGGUAGCAGAGGGCAGACUUGGUCCUUCUACUGUGGUGUUGGAUCAUACUAGUGGCUUUGAGGGGCUCCUGCUGGUGGAUGAUGACCUACUUGGGGUGAUUGGACAUAGUAACUUUGGCUCUAUCAGGGCUACUACCUGUGUGUAUAAAGGAAAAUGGAUCUAUGAGGUGCUGAUUUCAUCACAAGGCCUCAUGCAGAUUGGCUGGUGCACUCUUAACUGUCGGUUCAAUCAAGAGGAGGGCGUUGGAGACACUCCAGAUUCAUAUGCCUAUGAUGGGAAUCGAGUACGCAAAUGGAAUGUGACCACAACCAACUAUGGUAAAUCCUGGGCAGCAGGAGAUAUCGUCAGCUGUUUGAUAGACCUGGAUGAGGGAAACAUUUCUUUCUGCUUGAAUGGCGUGUCUCUGGGGACAGCUUUUGAUAACAUCUCGCGAGGCUCUGGCAUGGCCUACUUCCCUGCCAUCAGCUUGUCAUUCAAGGAAUCCGUCGCUUUUAACUUCGGCAGUCGCCCACUCCGAUAUCCGGUUGAGGGAUAUCGGCCUUUACAGGACAAACCUGCUACAGAUCUGGUGAAAGCUCACAAGCUGUUGGGAUACCUGAAAAAUGUAAUUAAUAUUGGAGUAGAUGUUUCGGAAGGGAAGUUGGUAGAGAGAGAUUCCUCCACCUGGCAACUCCAGGGGGAACCAACAGUACUCAUCACCUUGGCCCACAUUUUUAACCACUUUUCCCCCCUCAUGUGCAAAGUGUACUUGGUUGAAGAUGUUCUCAUGAACUUCCUACUCAGCAUCCUGGAAGGGGGAGGGGCUGUGGAAGCACACCCUCUUAUUCAGCAGUUACUGGAUCUCAUGUGGCUUCUCAUGGAGGAUUAUGAAGUACACGAAUGCCUCAAGCAGCUGCUGAUGUCCCUGCUCAGGGCUUACCGCUUCUCUCCCAUCGUUCCCGAUCUAGGCUUACAGAUUCACUACCUCCGUCUCACUAUUGCUGUCCUGAAGCAUGAGAAAUCCAGGAAGUACCUGCUCCACAAUGUCCUAUUUGAUGUGCUCCGCUCGGUUGUGUUUUUUUACAUCAAGAGUCCCCUGCGUGUGGAGGAGGCUGGUUUACAAGAGCUGAUUCCUACCACCUGGUGGCCAAACCGCUUCAACAAAGAGGGCAAAGAGAGUAAAGAGGUGAAGGAAGAGAGUGCUGAGGAAAGAUUGAGGAGGCGAGCAUAUGAAAGAGGCUGCCAGCGACUCAAGAAACGCAUUGAAGUGGUGGAGGAACUCCAAGUGCAGAUACUGAAGUUGCUGUUAAACAAUAAAGAUCACGGAGGGGGAGGAGCUUCCAGAUACAUCUUUCUAAAUAAGUUUCGCAAGUUUCUUCAGGAAAAUGCCAGUAACCGAGGAAAUUUGACCGUGUUGUGUCCACCAGAGUAUAUGGUAUGCUUCUUACAUCGACUCAUCUCAGCCUUGAGACACUACUGGCAUGAGUACAAGGUGAAGAACCCAUCAGCACUGAGCAGUGAAGAUGCAUAUGUUCCUCCUCAACUCUUCUACAAUGGGAAGGUGGAUUACUUUGACCUCCAGCGACUUGGGGGACUCCUGUCUCAUCUUAAAAAGACUCUUAAAGAUGACCUGGCCUCAAAGGCAAAUAUUCUGAUUGACCCUGCAGAACUUCAGGCAGUGACAAUGGAUGAUCUCGAUGAAGAUGAAGAGUCAGCAGUGUCAACAGCGCAGCGUCCAGCUGCUGCAUUGGCAAUCGGUGGUGCCUUGGCCAGGCCAAGCUGGCUCAGUUCACCCACCCUGGGGCGAGCUAACCGAUUCCUCAGUACUGCAGCUGUCAGCCUUAUGACCCCAAGGCGCUCACUGGGUGCCCUGGAAAAGGUUAAAGUCCGUGCACUGAACAUGGAACAACGGACAGAGGAAGACAUUGAAGGCAGCCAUGGAAAUGAGGGUCUUUUAUUGGGGAAGCCUACAGAAGAGCCAGAAGAGCCAAUAACUGAGAACUCUCUUUUGGAGAUCUUGGACGGAAUAGUCAUGAUGUACAACCUCAGCGUGCAUCAGCAGCUUGGUAAGAUGGUAGGUGUUUCCGAUGAUGUGAAUGAGUAUGCUAUGGCACUGAAAGACACCGAAGAAAAGAUUAGCCGAUGCCCAAGGAGGAGAAGAGAUAUCCAUGAAGAACUGGUGAAGAGUCAGAAAGUUUUCUCUGAGAAGCUUAAUCACCUCAGUCGCCGGCUUGCUUGGAUCAAUGUUACUAUUUAUUCAAAGGAGAAGAUGCAAGACAUAUACUGGCUGCUACGGGUGUGCAUCCGCACUAUUGAACAUGGGGACCGGAUUGGCUCACUCUUUGCAUUUAUGCCUGAAUUUUAUCUGAGUGUGGCUAUGAACAGCUACAGUGCCCUGAAGAACUACUUCAGUCCUGUGAACAGCAUGGAGGAGCUUCCAGGCUAUGAAGAGACAUUGACACACCUUGCUGCCAUUUUAGCCAAGCACUUUGCUGACUCAAGGAUUGUGGGCACUGACAUCAGAGACUCUCUAAUGCAGGCGUUGGCCAGCUAUGUUUGCUACCCCCACUCACUCCGUGCCGUAGAGAGAAUUCCAGAAGAUCAGCGAGUAUCCAUGAUGAGGAACCUGCUGGCCCCCUAUGAGCAAAGACCCUGGGCCCAGACCAACUGGAUUCUUGUACGACUGUGGCGAGGCUGUGGAUUUGGAUACAGGUACACACGGCUUCCUCAUCUGCUGAAAACCAAGCCAGAGGAUGCCAAUCUCCCCAGUUUACAGAAGCCUUGUCCAUCCACCUUGCUGCAGCGACACAUGGCGGACCUGCUGCGCAGUGACCGUGAAAUGGCACCCAGUUUCCUCAACAGCGUCCUUAACCAACUAAACUGGGCCUUCUCAGAGUUCAUUGGCAUGAUUCAGGAGAUCCAGCAAGCUGCAGAGCGCCUGGAAAGAAACUUUGUAGACAGUCGUCAGUUGAAGGUGUGUGCGACAUGCUUUGAUCUGUCAGUGAGCCUGCUCAGAGUCUUGGAAAUGACUGUCACUUUGGCUCCUGAGAUCUUCCUAGACUGGAAUCGCCCUUCAUCGGAGCUGUUACUCAGGAGACUUGCGCAGCUGUUAAAUCAGGUGCUAAAUCGCGUGACAGCUGAGCGGAACCUGUUUGACAGAGUGGUCAAUCUUCGGUUGCCAGGACUGGAGAGCGUAGACCACUAUCCAAUCCUUGUGGCUGUGACAGGAAUUCUGGUCCGGCUCCUUGUCGAUACUGACUUCCAAGGAAGGCUAGAAGGGGUGAGAGGCACACGGAACGCAAACAUUGUUGUGAGAGGGACCUACGAAAAUCUGGCUGAACGGGCAACAGCUGUGCUGCUGGCUGAUCCCUGUUUCCAGCUCCGUUCUAUUCAGUACUUGUUGGGUCACACGGAGCCUUUAGUACUGGGAAUGGCAUCGCCUUCUGCUGACAAGAAACAUUUCUCCCUGCAGAGUUACACUGAUUACAUCAGCCAGGAUGAGCUAGCCAAGGUAGAGCAAAUGCUAGGCCACCUCAGUGAAGAGUCCAAGCAGGCUGCAGCUUCCACCUUGCCCACCAGUGAGGAGGACCUGUGCCCUAUCUGCUAUGCACAUCCAAUCUCUGCUGUAUUCAAGCCAUGCUCCCACAAGUCGUGCAAAGCCUGCAUCAACCAACACCUGAUGAACAACAAGGACUGCUUCUUCUGCAAAGCCACCAUCACGGGUGUGGACGAUUACAUUAAGCCAGCCACCUCCUAGUGCCUGGACCCUGCAGGGCAGGGCCGCAUGCCUGGGCAGCUUCUCCACAUGGUGGGCUCUCCCUGCUCCGAGAGCACCUCUGUCAAAGGUGGCUGCUGUUCAGCACAGCUGAGCUCAGUUUUAUUUAUAACAUCUCUUGCAGGCCAAGCACAUGCAUCACCCAGGCCACACUAUACCUUUCAGUCCCCCUAAAUUUAGGUACACUUCCUGUUGUGGUCAUUGACUCCAAACCAACAGGCAUUGAGCUUUCUCCAUGGGGUAUGUACAAGGGGGCUGAACGUUCUCAGGUUCUCUACCUCAGCCUGAUUCUGUAGCUCCUUUCCUGCAUCUGCCCCAGGAAAGCCUGUGUUAUACUGUAGCUGGGUCACAUCCUCUUUGGUGUGGUGCUCUCAUUGAUGGGCUAAAAGCUGUUCCCACAGCCAGUAUCUCUCCUGUGAGUCCAGCUGCUCGCCAGCCAAGUGUUUUUGCCACUGCAGCACUUUGCCGUUUGACUGUGCAUGUGAGGUUUCGAGUUGGUUCAAACAUUUAUGCGGGCAGACCAUACAAUAGUCCAUCUGCCUGUGCCAUUUGAUGUAUUAGCUUUGGGGAUGGAAGGAGAUGGUGGUGCAGGUGAGGGAAGGACUGUACCAUCUGUCUGCCUAAACAUUUGAAUCUGCUCUUAGUGAAUCUGGCUCCUUUCCUUUAAAGGCCAGGACAGCUAGGUAAGCAUAGCAAAAACACUAGGCCAUGCAACAAAGGGCACACUACGCUGUAACACGUGCAGGGAUGACGCCCACCAGAGGAAUGUCUGAACAAACUCCUUAGCUUCUUCAAGGAAAAAGAUCAGAUCUAUAGUAGGGGCCAGGAUUUCGUUCAUACAUUGUGUAGUGGUUGGGAGAAGUACAAACUAGGCUGGUUUUAUGGGCUACAGCAGGGGUGAUCCUGGCUGCACUGCUAUCUUCUACCAGCAGAAGGUGCCUGUGGCACUAGCCCUUCACUGUGUGACCAGGCUGCCUGUACUGUCCAGGAGCAGACAAGGGUGUUUUUUUUAAUUUACUAACUGUGUGUGACUUGUAACCAGAAGUGUCGGGGAGGGCUGCAAGCACUAUGCUUGGAGCAAGGAGUUUUAACUUAUGUGCAUCUUUGAUUGUCUCUCUCCCCCAAACCCCUCCAACUGGAAGGGGUGUUACUUCCAUAAAAUGGAAUAUUAUUAAAUUAUUAUUCCUUAAA